GUGUGCUGCAACGAUUGCUUGGUACCGUCAGAUCAAGAUGGACCCGAAUGUCUGAAGUACUUGCGGGUGACGUUCUUAUCUACUCUUACACAGGAUGCCCAGUGCUCAUUUCACUCCACAGGCCCUGUACGUGCUACUGGCGCAUUCGCAGGACGCUCUUUUCAGCUGUUAUUUGCUAUGUUUCACAAAGGGCUGCAUUUUUUCCUUCCGCACUCUUCGGCAAAGGUUGUAGACGCAGAAGCACAAUCACUCGACCAGGAUCUAGAUGUUUUGAAGGAAAAUGAUGGCAUCCUUACCCUUGACCUUCCGGACACACCUGUCAGCGAUCUCGAAGCUCCUAGCAUCAAGUGGCUACUGGAGACAUCUACGGAUCCUGAAGCGUUUCUUGCCGCCUCCAGGCUCGUUCCGCAGGUCGAAUGGCCCCUGGAUUUUGACAUCUCGGACAUACUGCCUCUGAUGUAUGAUAGCUUUACAAGUUGCGUCGACAUUCAAGGGAAAAUUGUACCAUCGUUGGGGGACAAGGCCUCGGCAUGUGCAAUGGCUCUAACUCAUCUAUACUAUAGGCGUUUUCUUCGGGCAUAUCCUACUCCUGGCGAAUUUAUUGUCCGUGGGGAAGCAGACGUGGAUGUGCUUGUUCGGAUUUACAGGAGUAGUAUGCUUCCAGCUGACAAGACGGUGCUUGAUACAGCUAUAAACCCAGAUUUUUCUUGGUGGUCUGUUACUUGGCCCGAAACUUGCCCUGACUCCGUCCUUCAGCGGUUGUCACAUCUUCUUCCUUAUCACUUUGUUACUGAACGAGUGAGUGGAGACAUAGAAAACCUGGCGAUAAAGGUCAUAUCAAAUUUGCUAUCUUCUCCAUCCUCUCCGUCGAAUUUAGUAGUAGCCAAUUGCACUCUUCUCGCCUGCCUCAUGGUCGGGAUUCAGGUCGACAAGAAAGACAUAGUUCGGAUUGAUAAAAGGUGCCAUCGAUUCAUUUGGUAGUUUUUCUGCCAUGAUUGACAAAGAGAUCGUGCAGUCAUGCUCUGCCUCGACUUAGGGAGUCCCUUUUUGCGCAGUUCCAACAGGCUCUCUGGGCAUGGGAUGGAGGCGA